AUGAAUAAGUCCUUCAAUGAUGUUGCGCAAGGCAACACAAGAUUCGGUAUCGUGGCCGUUGAACUGAUGGAAACGGCAGAAGACACCUGUGUUUGGCAUAGGCUUGUUGGACGGUCUCCGAAGGGGAGGCUUGGGUAUGAUAGGUGCCUCAUGUACCAAGACAUUCUCAUAGGUGGUGUUGAGGGUGGCGAAGACCUAAAACCUAGGCUUGGGUGUGAAGGGGAGUGGGGCCCGAUCACUUGUCCUAGAAGGGUUGCUUCCAUUGAUCUGGUGGUGGUUGCCAUGUCUGUCAUGCUUGCUACUGCUGAAGGUAUGCUGGUAGCUAUCCUUCCUUUUGGGGUGCGGGGUACCUUAGUUAUCUAG